UUUAAAGCGAUAUGGCAACCCUGUCCGUGUAUAUGCGUAAUUAACGCUAAUUAGGCAGAGAAAACAAUUUAGUUUCAUUCGCGAUUCAAUAAAGUGCGGGUGCACACGUCACUGGGAAUUUGCAUAACAGAUCAAGUUUCAGCUGUAACUGGAGUGUAAAAACUGAUAACGGAUGAGUGCAGCUACCAACACAAGUGCAAUCUACGCAGGCAAUAACAACUAUCGUUAGACAAAGGGUACUAGUGCGGAAACGGCGUCGAAACAGAGACAUAAAAACUUUAGCCGGAAAUCGGCAGCCUGAGUAAUCGUAUUUUUUCGAAAACGCCCCUAUCACUGGUCAGUACGGAUUAAGCCAGCGUCGGGAAAAGAUGGCUCGCGAGGACGAGGAACGUAUCGUGGACAACGAGGAGGUGUCGCAUCCGGCGGAGGAGGAAACAUCGUCGGUUGGUGGGCGUGGCGGUCGGCGGGACAAUGAGUUGAGUCUGCCCUCCGGCGGAUGCUGCAAUCCUGCAGGCACGGGCCACCGCUUCAUGGCGCUGGUGUUCAUGUGCCUUCUGGGAUUCGGCUCGUACUUUUGUUACGACAAUCCCGGAGCCCUGCAGAACGUCUUCAAAAGAGAUCUUGACCUGACCUCCACUCAGUUCACGCUUAUCUACUCCAUUUACUCCUGGCCAAAUGUCGUCCUGUGCUUCGUUGGAGGAUUCCUCAUCGAUCGACUGUUUGGCAUCCGAUUGGGAACGAUAAUCUACAUGCUGGUCCUGCUGGUGGGUCAACUGAUUUUCGCCUGCGGCGGCAUACUGGAUACCUUCUGGAUGAUGAUCAUGGGUCGGUUCAUCUUUGGCAUUGGAGCCGAGUCGCUUGCGGUGGCCCAGAACAGCUAUGCAGUACUCUGGUUCAAGGGAAAGGAACUGAACAUGGUCUUCGGCCUGCAGCUGUCGGUGGCCCGUUUCGGAAGCACUGUCAACUUUUGGGUGAUGCAGCCCAUCUACGACUAUGUCAGCAAUUUCUACCAGGGACACACCGCCCUGGGUGUCGUCCUGCUGCUGGCCACACUCACCUGUGUGAUGUCUAUGAUCUGUGCGCUUGUGCUUGGCUGGAUGGACAAGCGUGCCGAGAGGAUUUUGCAGCGGAACAACAACCCAGCCGGACAGGUUCCCAAACUGACGGACGUUUUCACCUUUAAGCCGCCGUUUUGGAUGGUUUCCAUUAUUUGCGUGGCGUACUACGUGGCUAUCUUUCCAUUCAUCGCCCUGGGACAGAAAUUCUUCGUUGAUCGCUUCGGUUAUACUCCGGCGGAGGCCAACACCGUAGACUCGCUGGUGUAUCUUAUUGCAGCCGUAUCGUCGCCCGUCUUUGGAUUUAUUAUCGACAAGGUGGGCAAGAAUGUGUCCUGGGUGUUCACAGCCACGCUGACCACUAUUGGAGCCCACGCCCUGCUUACGUUCACACAGCUUACGCCCUACGUGGGGAUGACCGUCAUGGGACUCUCCUACUCCAUGCUGGCCGCUAGUUUGUGGCCCCUGGUGGCCCUUAUCAUUCCGGAAUACCAGCUAGGAACAGCCUACGGUUUCUGCCAGUCGAUCCAAAAUCUCGGCCUGGCCGUCAUCACCAUCCUGGCUGGAAUCAUCUCGGAUAACAGCAACGGCGAGCACAUGUGGUUGCAGCUAUUCUUCAUGGGCUGGCUGACUAUUGCCCUGAUCGCCACUGGUAUCAUCUGGGCGUACAACAACAAGCAUCGCGGCAACCUCAACAUGUCGCCCCAACAGCGGGCGCAGUUCGUCAGCGCCGAGAAUUAUCAGAACUUUGAAUAGAAGGGGAUACAAAGGCGAACGAACCCGCAGAUUGGAUUAUUAUCGGUUAUUUAGUGUAGACAUAAUGUUAUUCUCUGCGGGCAGCGCGCCAUGAUCUUGAUCCAUGUGAUGAUGAUGUGUGAUGUGCGUCUCGAGUCGCAAAUUGGUAUUUACUAACUGCAAUUGUUUGUCAGCCGACGAUGGGGUUAUAUACAACACGCCCUGAUCAGCCGUGAAUCAGUAUUGAUGUGUCAAAUGCGCUAUCUGCGAUUCGAGCCCGAUCAGGCCGGUUUAUAUACUAUUUUACGCUAUGUAUUUUUAGAGAAAUUUAUUAUUAAAGUUACCGCAUGUUUUUGUGUCAACGUUUUACAUAUUAAACUAAACAUCAAAUCCUAAAAUCAAGUAAAUGUUUCAUAGCAACAACAACUAAUUAAAGACUCCUGCGCCCCGGGCGAAAAUUCGAAAUUAAAUUGUAAAUAUAUGUAUAUGUUACUCGAAAUGUAAUCUCAUUCAUACAAGUUGGCCGUUACUAGCAUUUUUACGAGUUCAAAAAUAUGUCCUGGUGUUGUAAUACAAACUAGCUAAUUCUCCGUUUCGACAACUAAGUUUAUAUAUAUGCCUUACUUGCAAAUAAAAAUUAUGUAAAUUACUUCAAA